AUGAAUAAGAAUGCUAAAUUUAUAUGGUAUAUAUAUAAUGGAAAUCAAAGAGCUAAAAAUAAACACUAAGUUUUCUUUAAAGAAUAAUCAAAUUUAAAAUAAGCUGCAGUGGCAUUAAUAUUUUGGACACCAAAUACAAUAAGUUCAAAAUUGCCAACUUUAGGAUAAGCUCAUAUGAAGAGUAUUUGCAGUUAAAAUCAUUUAUUGGAAUUAUUAAGAUAGGAAAGUUUUGAAUGUAAAUUAAUGGUUUGUUAACGAUAAUUCAAUUUAAGAGAUAUUCAUUCAAAUGAGAUUUGUUUUCCUGGAGGAAAAUUGGAUAAUGAAGAAAGUGAUUUUGAGGCUGUAAUAAGAGAAGUGAUGGAAGAAGUAGAUGUAGAUUUAAGAAAACAUUAAACAUUUUAUUUAGGUCGUCUUCCAAAUAAUAUUGAGAUUAAGGAUGCUCCAAAAGGUUUAAGGGUUUGUACUCAUGUAUUUAUUGUUUCAGGUGAGUAACCCUAAAUUACAUUAAAUUAAUAGGAAUUAUAAGAUUGUAAGUGGAUACCAAUCUCUUACUUUUAUGAUUUGAGUGAUAAAAUUAGAUUAGGAAAAUGUACAUAAUCAUUUACAUUUUUUAUGGUGAAGUCUUUUUUUUAAAGAUCCCCAAAAAUAAUUGAUGAAAUAGUGAAAAAUUUUGAUCAUGGUUUAUUUGGUUAAGUAGAUGUGGGAAUGAAAAAUCAUUUAUUUGGAUUUAGUUUAAUGAUAUUUGCUUAAAUGUGUAAUUUAGUUUUGACUGAAUAAAAAGAAGGUAGAGAAUAUUUUGGAGAUAUUAGAUUGAUAACUUCAAUUGUCAAUUUAAUGCAUUUGAAUUUUACAGAAAAUACAUUCAUAGGUAUAUUAAUUAAAUUUAUAUAUUGUAGGUAAAUUAUGUGAUUGGUAUUUCUCUAAGAUGUAUAAGACUUAUAGAAUUUAGAAUAGAAUAGAGGUGAGAAAAUAUUUAGGGAAAUUAUGA